CGCAUUAAACCAGAACUGAGACAAACACUGAAUACAUUCUUUGCAGGCUACAAUGAGGCUGAAUAUUGUGUGUAUAAACUACUUUAGCUGCUCAAAAUAACCUUCUAGAUGCUGGCAUACUAACAUACUCAGACAUUAUAAACACAACACUUGGAACCUGUUAGCUAACUGUGCUGUACUCCGAUAUUCAGCUGUAAAUAUGCUAGUUUUAACAAGUUAACAUCAAACAGCAGGAUAAUGCCUUCAAGCUAACACUCUCCAACAGACACACGUUAGCUAACAUGCUAACCUGUCUGUAAAAACACGACGAUUAAAUGACUCAGACGUCUUUAUAAGCUCCUAAUAGAGUCAGUACCUGUUAAUAAAGGCAGCUGAUUCGCUGCUAACGUGUUUCCCAAACCUGCAGUGCAUCUGCAGCAACUUUAAAGUCAGCUAGCUAACAUAGCAUUACCACUCACACUGACCUGUAUAAGGUUAGCUAAACAGCUUUCAUGCUGUCCUAGAUAACAAAUAAAUUAAAAAAUACUUCAUGCCGACUUUACAGAAACUACCUUCUUGUUUUCAGAUAGUGACCAAAGUUUGGCUAACUGUGCAUUAUUCAUGUAAUUAACAUGGCAGAGAUAAAAACGAUCGAAAUCACAAUGGAGUUUGGCGCAUGGAACAAAACACAACGUCCAUCAAGGAUUUAACUAGCUGUAAUUAAAGGAUUAUGUUCCAGCCGAAUUCAUCUCAUCACUUAACAGUUAAAUGAGUCGUCUUCAGUUUCUGUUCAGAGUUAUUUGAGAAACGUUUGAGGUAGAAACAAAUCUCACCGACAGGGAGGCUGGCUCCAUUUUAACCGCACAUACUGGGCUGAGACAACAUGACGGUUCUUACUAUGUGGAGCCGCUGAUAUGUUAAGGAAAUCACUUGGGUUUAUUACCUGAGAUCAAUAAGCAUUAACUAUCUGUACACCUCCCACACAGACAUGAAUACAUCUGUGCUGAGCAGGUAACUGGACACACAAAGCAGUUUCGUACAGAACAGUUUACUCACCGUGUUCACGUCCUCAGAGAAGAGACCAGAAUGACGAUCAGACAGCUGAAUAUAUACACAUCUAACUUUUUGGAGGGAAAUGCGCUAAUUUCACGCGGGAAACGAGCGAGACCGCCCCCUUUUGGCGUGCACGAAAUGGAUUCGUCAGAAAACCUGUGGGCUGGACUUAUUUGACCUGGUUUGUCAUUUCAAGGAGAGAGUUCUGUAGCCAUUCAAAGUUGUUUUGCUCUGUUGGUAGAGUAGCAGUUCUGUGUUCAGAGAAUCUGCUUUUAUCCUGAGUUCAAGUCGCUGCCUUUACUGUAACUUCUCUUGUCAAAUGUUAAGAUAAAAAUUAAUAGAACAAACACAGAUAAACACUAGAAAAGCUACUUUUUAAAAAUUGAUAUUUCAUUUCUCUUCAUUUGUUAUUAAUCCAAAACUAACUGAUUGUAAUCAAGUCACAUUACUUAAAUAUUGUAAUCUGGACACCUCAGCUCGAGCGUUAUUGAUUUAUGUUCUGUACCUUUACCAUAAAAUGAAAUAAAUUAAAUGUGAAUGAUGACUUCAUGAGGAUGAUGCCACAGAAAGGGGCGUGGCACUAGUGCAUAUUAUGUAUGUACUGGUGCCCCAGGAUGCAAGAAUCUAUAUCUUACCUUUUUAUUAGAUAUUGUUUAUUUUGUACAUUUAUUAAUGUGUAUUGAUUAGGCUGUUGUGACACGCAGAUAUCCCCAUUUGCCAGACCAAUAAAGGAAUUCUGAUUCUGAGUCAAUCACGCUCAUGGGAAUUGCAUGGGGAGGUGAGUGACGUAAUACUCUGAUCAGGCAUAAAUACGAAAAUGUUUCAACUAUCUUAUCAUGUUGUGUUUGUUGUGGAGCUGUUGAAAAAAGAGACAAUUCUUGGAAAAACGGGACAGGUGGCAUCUCUAGAGAGAGACCUGGCUCUGCUGGCAGAGGAGCCGUGGACUGUGAUUACUCUGAGCAGCAUUUACGGGAAUACAUUACAAUACUGUAUAUUUGAAUACACUUUUUUUUCGGAAUGAAGCAGGGUCGGUUUGGUGGGGCAGCCGAAGCAUUUGAGGGGGCAGCUCCAGCUGCACUUUGUUAUACGGCCACAAGAUGGCAAUAUCUAACAGUUGUGGAUUAGUUGUUUUAUUUUUUUCCUUAACACCGUGACUGAAAAUAACUUGUCAUUCAAAAAAAAAGUGUAAAUGAAAUUGAUUAAUGACCAGAAUCAUAAUGCAAGAUGUUUUCUAUGACAGAGAGAAGGGGAGGGAGGGUUCAGACAAGAUUUGCGUAGUUAAUGCAGUACAUCCUUAAAGAAAAUGGGUAUGUGAGUGUGUGAUUGGAUGGGUGAGUGGGUGAGAGAGGAGGAGGUGGGAGAGAGAGAGAGAGAGAGAGGGCAGCCAAACUGAGUGUUAAAGAUUCUGGAGAUGUGAGAAAGCCUUGCAGUGUGUGUGCUGUGAGUGGAAGCUGCAGAAGGUUUCCUGCUGCUCCAUCCGAGCGUCUCUCCAGCGUUUCCUGUGGACGGAGCGUCAUCAUGGACCACAGAAACUUAGCCCAGCCUGAGUGAAGCUCAGUUGAUGCAGUAUGGAGGUGUUCACCAGGUGGUGCUUCCUUUGGAUACUGCUGAAAGGAACCUUUUGUUUGUUGGUUCUAGGACAACAUCCCGGCAACUUCACCUUCAGAAAACAGACGGACAGUCCAUCAACUGACAGCAGAGACCAAGACUCUUUUUCCCAGAGGAACUGGCCACCUUUUAUACCUCUUUCAAAGCAAGGACUCCUGGAUAUACUCGGCAGAAAGUCCCAUUCGGACUCCAGCCCUUCCUUAAAGAUAAAGCUUCGUCCCAUCAUGAAAGUUCACGGAACCUCCAAGUUCUCCAGGAUGUUCAGUUGGGGAGACUUUUACUCAAACAUCAAAACAGUCAAACUGAAUUUGCUGAUCAUGGGCAAGAUCGUGGAUCACGGGAACGGCUCUCUCGGAGUCUACUUCCGCCACAACUCCACCGGUGUGGGCAACGUGUCCGUCAGUCUCGUCCCACCGGUGAAAGAGGUGGAGUUCGAUCUGGAGCGCCAGAGCGUGGUAAACCCCAAAGACUCGAAGACGUUCAACUGCAGGGUGGACUACGAGAAGACUGAGCGCAACAAAAAGGUGAUGCUGUGCAACUACGACCCGUCCAAGACGUGUGCUCAGGAGCAGACCCAGAGCCACGUCACCUGGAUGUGCUCCAAACCCUUCCAGGUCAUCUGCAUCUACGUGUCCUUCUACAGCACAGACUACAGACUGGUUCAAAAGGUCUGUCCGGACUACAGCUACCAGGAUCCUGGAGCCUACCUGCCCACAGGUUAACUAACCAGAUGUCGAGCAGAGGAAGCCGAAGGGAGUAAUGCUUUUAAAUAAAUCCAGUCGGAGCAGCUAUGAGAUACGGAAGUUUUUAAAAUGAUUCCGAAGUUUAGUAUUCCUCGAGAGAAUACGUCUUUUUCAAAUCUUAAAGGUCCAGAGUGUAGGGAGUGUUGGAUGGCUCUACCGGCAGACGUGUGAUAAAAUAGUCAUAAUGAUGUUUUCCUUGAUUUAUUAUCACCAGAAACAAAGACUCAUUGAGUUUUUGUUACCUUAGAAUGAAGCUCUCAUAUCUACAGAGGUCGCGGUUUCUCUUCCAUGGAGUCCACCAUGACUCUACAGUAGCCAAGAAGGGACAAACCAAACAACAUACAUUUUUAGUUGCCGUUGAAUCCUGCACACUGGACCUUUAAAAUGUACCAAAUAAGGUUAAAUUGAUACUGUUAGUUUGCUUGUUGUAGACUAAAAGAGUUAUAUUAGACUGUUUUCAUUAAAUGCAUAUAUAAUUAGGGCUGCAGCUAAUGAUUGUUUUCAUUAUCGAUUGAUGUGAUGACCAUUUUUCUUGAUUUUUAUUUAAUAACAUGACGAAAAGUUGUGAAAACUGCCCAUCAGAAAGUUAAAAACCCAAAGAUUUUAAGUUUGUAAUCAUGUAAGAUGAAUAACAUUUUUAAAAUACUGUAAAAUUAAAUAGCAGAUUGAUCAAUCAGAUAAUCAAGUCAUAUGUCUUUUUAGAUUGUAAUGGUUAAUAAAUCUUUGUCCUCUAAUGUCUGUUAUUUGUGUCAUGAAAGAUAAAUUAUAGAUUUAUCAGAAUACCAUGCAUUGGCAACACUCUUAUUUUGUAUUUACCUUGAACACUUAUAUGUCAUGUAUUUCCUAACACUCUACUGUAUGUCGCGCAAUAAAAAAAAAAAAAACAAGUGUGAUUAAAAAUAAACCAGCUGGCUUAAAACAAGUGAUUCAUGUGAUGAUCUCAGAA